AAUGUAUGUGUACAUUAUCGUGCGUGGGUGCACAGUGUAGCCAGCUGUGAGCUGUCAAUUUUUUUAAAUAACUGCUUUCUACAGAAAGUGUUGCAAAAUGGAAAACGAUAAUCCUGUUAUUUAUGGCCUUGAAUUUCAGGCCAGGGCUCUUUCGGCACAAACUGCAGAGACGGACGUUGUUCGAUUUUUAGUAGGAACUCAAUCUUUAACUUUCAGUAAUAAUCAGGUGCACUUAGUAGAACUUAAUGAAGAAACUGGAAGUUUAAAAACUCAAUUUUAUCAACAUCCAAUUGGCGAAAUAUGGUCUUUGCAAGCCUCUUCGAUGGAUCCUGACAAAUUUAUUACGUGUUACAACACUUUGAAUGAUGAGGGAGUUUGUCAAAUGAAAGGGGCACUUUGGAAGCUGCCAAUGAUAGGAGAAUCGACAAAUGAGAUUCUAAAACUCGAAAAGUUGUCUGAUAUCGACACAACGCCUUAUGGGAACGAUUUAAAAAUAAUUGCCUAUCAUCCUAGCGAUGGGACAAAAGCUGUGUCUGUUGUGGAUAAUAAUUUUAUUCUUUGGGACUUGAGAAAUGAUAAUCCGCAGGUUGUUACUGUUGGUACCUUAUCAGGAAAAGGUCAACCAAGGUUUACAACUGGAAAAUGGAAUCCACACAACGGAUGUAAUCAAUUCGUAACACUGAAUGAGAACAACGUACGAGGUUGGGACCUACGAAAUCCAUCUGAAUCUUCCUGGAGCAUUCCUAAUGCCCAUUCGCAAAUCGUCAGGGAUUUGGAUUUCAACGCUAAUCGACAAUAUUUUCUAUCCACGUGUGGAGACGAUGGAUAUCUGAAAUUUUGGGAUAUUAGAAUGACCAUCGAGCCUGUAUUAUCACGAAUUGAGCAUUCGCACUGGGUCUGGAACGUGCGAAUCAAUCGGUUCCACGAUCAACUCGUACUAACUUCGAGCAGCGAUUCCCGCGUAAUUCUAUGUAGUAUUGCUUCCAUUUCUUCGGAGCCUUUUGGACACGUUGUUCCUACCGACGAAGAAUCAAUCCAAGCUGUAGAAUCAUCGACCAAAGAAAAAUUGGAAGACGGAGUUGUUGGUAGAUUUGAGGAACACGAAGACAGUGUUUAUGCAGUCGAAUGGUCUUCCGCAGAUCCUUGGACCUUUGCAUCUUUAAGUUAUGACGGCCGAUUAGUUCUUAAUAAAGUGCCACGUAAAUAUAAGUAUCAAAUACUUUUAUAAAUAGCCAUUUUGAAUCUCAUGUUUAUAUAUUGUACAUAAUUAAAUCAAUUUAAUUGUAAGACGCAGUUACUCUUCUAUACGGCUACGCAAACUCUGGAAGAAUAAGUACAAAUAAUUAAUUUAGCAAAUUAAA